GUGAUUCUGUGAUAUCAGUCAGUCAGCAGCCAGUUGUCAUUGUUGUCAAUUUUGUGUAAUCUCUGUUGUUAUCACAUUGAUAAACUCGCAUAUUAGAAUAAAACAUACAACCUUAUGUUAUUUAUCAGAAACUGACAAUAAUAUUAAUUUGUUUAUAACAAAUGAAAAUGUUUUCCUAAAAUUAGAAUUUUGUGAACGAAUAUGGAACACAACAGCGCUGAUAGUUCUCCUACCUCUCCAUCAAAAAAGUUUCCUGAAAUCACAGACUACCAGUUGGAUCUCCCAGCAUGGAGUGUGAACAGUCUGAAGGCUAUAGCUAUCCAGCAGCGCCUGCCUCGUCCCCGGAGCCUUGCAUGGGCCAUCUUACUGAAUGCCCUGCCUCCCCCAAACAUGGAUAUUGUAUCCAGUCUAAAAUCUCAUAGAAACUACUACAAUGAUUUGAGCGACAAGCUGUCAAUGGACCCAAGGGCAGUCAUUGGAGAUGACCCUCUCUCACAGGAUGACGAGAGCGUAUGGAAACAACAUUUCUGUGAUAAUGAGCUGAAAACUCUGAUACUGCAAGAUGUGGUCCGCAUCUUAUUCUUCUGGGCACGUUCCCACGCAAACGUGGGUUAUAGACAAGGCAUGCACGAGAUCCUAGCACCAGUGCUCUUUGAACUGUACCUAGAUAGGAAAUUUGCACCUGAUGGAUUAGGGGAUAAGUUAAAAUAUAUACUAAAGGAAGACUGCUUAGAACACGAUAGCUAUAUGCUUUUCAGUGCAAUAAUGAAAGGCUUAGAAAGGUUUUACACGACGGGUGACAUCGUGCCUACAUCGUGUGGAAGAUUACCCACCGCUAAAAUGUCUCAUAAUCCAAACGAAGUGAUAAGAUAUUUGGAUAAAGUGAGAGAAGAAUUUCUAGUGCCUCUCGAUCUAGAAUUAUCUGUACAUCUAGUUGACUGCAAUAUAUCUAUGGAGCUAUUUGGAAUACGAUGGCUACGACUGUUAUUUGGUCGAGAGUUCCCAAGGUCUGAGAUUCCCAAUCUGUGGGGAUUUUUGUUUGCUGACGGACCGAUGUUCCCGAAUCUACACUACGUCAUCAUCGCCAUGCUAAUCUCUAUGAGAAAUACAUUAUUGGACCCGGACCCGGGAGUGAUCCUGUCCGCACUGAUGCGUCCAGUGUGCCUGUGCGUGGGGUACGUGUGUGCGCUGGCGCUGCACCUGCGCGCCCCGCUGGAGUACCCGCGCCCGCCCGUACGGCAGGAAGUCGUCAAUCACACGAACGCGGAAACCGCAGAAACAGAGCCUCGUUCCUGGCGUGAAGUGGAGGCCCGGGCUGGGUCUGAGUCAGGGUCCGAAGGAGUGGCGGAAGGCGCCGACGUGGCGCGCGAGCUGGCCGCGCUGGCACUCGUCCGCGCGCAGCUGCCCGCCGCCGCCGCCGCACUGGCGCGCGCACUGCCGCGCCCCCCGCCUGCCGUCCAGCAACCACUGCAGCAAAUACUGCAGCUCGCUGCGUUACUCCAAUGCCGCAAUCACGCCUUAAUAGAUGUGGAAACUGCAUUAGAGGCCGCUGAAGGUCAAACAACAGAGAAGGUAGGUCGUCGUCAACUGGUACCCGUCGCCAUGAUACAUAAACAACAGCAGAAACCGAAUAUAAAACCUUUGAACAAAGUGAAAGAAGUCCCAUUAAAGGUGUUUCAUCAGGGGGAGAGUGUCGCUAGUGAUCUCCCAUUCUUGGACCCCCUGCGUUUAAGGACAGAGUGACUAAUUAUGUUGUACAGUUAUUACCAUUAAUUUUAGAAGGUAAACAGAAUACCGAUUUGUAAGACCAACCAUUUGAUGAGGGCUAACGUGUUCACAAGAUAGCGCUCGUAAAGUAUUUUUGUGUCCAAUAGAGAAUGAGCUAGUAAACCAUUGGACAUACAAUUUUUGACAGCUACAGUGAUUGGACAAACAUGCCUAUUGCUAUACGAGCGCCAUCUGUUGAAUGAAACAACGAGACUCGUUGCCAAGCUUGACUUCAUAUCUUAUGAAUGCAUUCUUGCUUUAAGAAGAAUAUAUGAUGAUAAUGACACGACCUUAAGGCAAUUUCUCUGCUCCUUUGAAAUCGGUUGUUCAGUGUUUUAGAAUAAUUUAAUUCAAUUUCUUCUGAAUGGUAUCUUCAUGUAGCUAAAAUGAAUCUUUGUAAUGUUUAAUACUCGUUUUGUAUAAACUUUUCUUAUUCUUCUCUAUACUGUAAGCUAAACGUGUUUUAAUGUUUGUUAAGUAUAACUAUCUUAAUUACUUUAAAUAUUUCUCUACUAUUGCCGUUACGGAUCAUACUGUUUUUUUUUAAUGUUUCAUUGACCUUAUUUUUUAAGGAUUUUAAGAUAAUAUAUGCUGGUGCACUCGAAAUAGCUUCUAAUUAUUAUUUAGGUUUCAUUGAUUUAUUGCCAUUGCAAUAACUACAAAGUGAUUGAAUGUCUGACCUUAAACU